CCCCCAGGGAUUCCUCCGGGAAUUCCCCCAGGGAUUCCUCCGGGAAUUCCCCCAGGGAUUCCUCCGGGAAUUCCCCCAGGGAUUCCUCCGGGAAUUCCCCCAGGGAUUCCUCCGGGAAUUCCCCUUGGAAUUCCCCCAGGGAUUCCUCCGGGAAUUCCCCCAGGGAUUCCUCCGGGAAUUCCCCCAGGGAUUCCUCCGGGAAUUCCCCCAGGGAUUCCUCCGGGAAUUCCCCCAGGGAUUCCUCCGGGAAUUCCCCCAGGGAUUCCUCCGGGAAUUCCCCAAGGGAUUCCUCCGGGAAUUCCCCCAGGGAUUCCUCCGGGAAUUCCCCCAGGGAUUCCUCCGGGAAUUCCCCCAGGGAUUCCUCCGGGAAUUCCCCCAGGGAUUCCUCCGGGAAUUCCCCCAGGGAUUCCUCCGGGAAUUCUCCCAGGGAUUCCUCCGGGAAUUCCCCCAGGGAUUUCUCCGGGAAUUCCCCCAGGGAUUCCUCCGGGAAUUCCCCCAGGGAUUCCUCCGGGAAUUCCCCCAGGGAUUCCUCCGGGAAUUCCCCCAGGGAUUCCUCCGGGAAUUCCCCCAGGGAUUCCUCCGGGAAUUCCCCCAGGGAUUCCUCCGGGAAUUCCCCCAGGGAUUCCUCCGGCAAUUUCCCCAGGGAUUCCUCCGGCAAUUUCCCCAGGGAUUCCUCCGGGAAUUCCCCCAGGGAUUCCUCCGGGAAUUCCCCCAGGGAUUCCUCCGGGAAUUCCCCCAGGGAUUCCUCCGGGAAUUCCCCCAGGGAUUCCUCCGGGAAUUCCCCCAGGGAUUCCUCCGGGAAUUCCCCCAGGGAUUCCUCCGGGAAUUCCCCCAGGGAUUCCUCCGGGAAUUCCCCCAGGGAUUCCUCCGGGAAUUCCCCCAGGGAUUCCUCCGGGAAUUCCCCCAGGGAUUCCUCCGGGAAUUCCCCCAGGGAUUCCUCCGGGAAUUCCCCCAGGGAUUCCUCCGGGAAUUCCCCCAGGGAUUCCUCCGGGAAUUCCCCCAGGGAUUCCUCCGGGAAUUCCCCUUGGAAUUCCCCCAGGGAUUCCUCCGGGAAUUCCCCCAGGGAUUCCUCCGGGAAUUCCCCCAGGGAUUCCUCCGGGAAUUCCCCCAGGGAUUCCUCCGGGAAUUCCCCCAGGGAUUCCUCCGGGAAUUCCCCCAGGGAUUCCUCCGGGAAUUCCCCCAGGGAUUCCUCCGGGAAUUCCCCAAGGGAUUCCUCCGGGAAUUCCCCCAGGGAUUCCUCCGGGAAUUCCCCCAGGGAUUCCUCCGGGAAUUCCCCCAGGGAUUCCUCCGGGAAUUCCCCCAGGGAUUCCUCCGGGAAUUCCCCCAGGGAUUCCUCCGGGAAUUCUCCCAGGGAUUCCUCCGGGAAUUCCCCCAGGGAUUUCUCCGGGAAUUCCCCCAGGGAUUCCUCCGGGAAUUCCCCCAGGGAUUCCUCCGGGAAUUCCCCCAGGGAUUCCUCCGGGAAUUCCCCCAGGGAUUCCUCCGGGAAUUCCCCCAGGGAUUCCUCCGGGAAUUCCCCCAGGGAUUCCUCCGGGAAUUCCCCCAGGGAUUCCUCCGGCAAUUUCCCCAGGGAUUCCUCCGGCAAUUUCCCCAGGGAUUCCUCCGGGAAUUCCCCCAGGGAUUCCUCCGGGAAUUCCCCCAGGGAUUCCUCCGGGAAUUCCCCCAGGGAUUCCUCCGGGAAUUCCCCCAGGGAUUCCUCCGGGAAUUCCCCCAGGGAUUCCUCCGGGAAUUCCCCCAGUGAUUCCUCCGGGAAUUCCCCCAGGGAAUCCCCGAAGGAAUUCCUGCAAGAAACCACGAAGGAUUUCAGAAUGAAUUCCUUGAGGUGCAUAGAGGAAUUCCCAGAUGAAUUGCUAGAGGAACUUCUGGAAGAAUUCCGCAAGAAUAUCAGGGAUUCCUAAAGAAAUUACAGGAAAAAUUCCAGAAGGAAAUCAUGGAGAAACUCCAGACAAUUUCUCGGAGGAAUUUUCGGAGAAAAUCUCAAAAGAAUUUCUGGAGGCACUCCCAAAGGAAUUUCUGAACGAAUUCCCGGAGAAGUAUCUUUCAAGGAAAAAUAUAGAAAAGGGGGGUUAGGUCAGAGGAAAUUGUCUAUUCUCGAGGAAUUCCAGAAUAAUUUCUCGACGGAAAUGCAGAAAGAAGACUCGGAGGACAUGUAAAAGGAAUUAUUGGAUGAGUCCCAGAAGGAAGGCUUGGAGGAAUUCAUGAAGGUUAUCUCGGAAGAAUUGUAGAAGGAAUUCCAAAAGAAAUACUAGAACGAAUUCCUGGAAGAAUUUCUGAAUGAAUUUCGUGGGGAAUUCCCAAAGGAAUUUCUGGAGGGAUUUCUGAGGAAAUUUCUGGAAGUGCUUCUGAAGAACAUCCCUGACGAACUUCUGGGGGAAAUUCCAAAAAAAAAAAUCAGAAGUGGAAUUUCUGGAACGAAUUCAGGAGAAAUAUGUGACAGGAUUCCCGGCUGAAUUUCUGGAGGAAAUUCUGGAGGAAUUCCCGGAGCAAUUUCAGAAGGAAUUCACAGAGAAAUUCCAGAACAAAUGCUUGGAGGAAUUUCCGGAGGAGUUCCCAGAAAAAAAUCAGGAGGAAUUUCUGAAGGAAUGCCCAAAGGAAUUUGUAGAGAAAUUCUCAUAGGAAUUUCUGAAGGAAUGUCCAGACUAAUUUCUAGAGGUAUUCCCAGACGAAUUCCUGGUUGAAUUUAUUAUUGGGAUUCUCGGAGAAAAAUAAAUCCCCGAUCUCCCUAGAACUCCAGAGGGCAUAAUCGGAGGGAUUUAAAAAAACGUUGGAGGAAUUUCAGAAGGACUGUUCGAAGGAAAUCCGAAAGGAAUUCUAGGAGAAAUUCCAGAAGUAAUUUUUGGAGAAAUAUAGAAGGAAUUCAGAAGAAUUUUCGGGAGAUUCUUCCAGGAUUUCCUUCGGAGACUCCUCCAUGAAUUCCUUUAAGGAUUCCUGCCGGAAUUUAGUCGGAGAUUCUCACAGGAAUUCCCUCGGGGAAGUCCUCCAGGAACUGUUCCGGAGAUUCCACCAGGAAUUGCUUCGGGGACUCCUCCAAAAAUUUUUCAUGGGUUCCACUAGAAACUCUUUCAAAGAUUCCUGUAGGAAUUUCUUCGGGGACUCCCGCAGGAAUUCUUCGGAGAUUCCUCCAGGAAUUUCUUUUGGGAUUCCUCCAGGAAUUUUUUCGGAGAUUUCACAGGAAUUGCUUCGGGGAUUCCUUUAGGAAUUCCUUCAGGGACUCCAGGAUUUUUUGUUUUCGGAAAUUCCUCCUGGAAUUUCUUCAGGAAUUCCACAAAGAAUUACCUCGGGAAUUGCUUUGGGAAUUCCUACAGGAUUUGCUUCGGAGUGUCAUCCAGCAAUUCCUUUGAGGGGUUCCUCCAAAUAUUCUUUUAAUGAUUCCUCCAGAAGCCAUCACUGAGAGCAUUUUUCGAGGAUUCCUUGAGAAUUCUCUGAGGAAAUUACUCAAGAAAUUCCGAUGAAAUUUCUUAAGUAACCGCUGCGAUUUUUUUUUGAGAAGUCCCUAAAAGAAAACCUGAGGAUGUUCUGAUGUACUUGAAGAAUUCGUUAAGUAAUGCAUGUGGAAAUUUCUUAUGGAUGAACAAAUUUUUUGAGUAAUCACUGUGGGAAUUUAUUGAGGAUUCUAUAGGGAAAAUUCUUGAGUGAUCCCUGAGAGAAUUCCUUUGGGAUUAUGUGUGGGAAUGUCUUGGAUCAUCCUUGAGGGAAAUUAUAUAGGAUUCCCUGAAGGAAUUUCUUAAGGUUUCUUUGAGGAAAUUUCACUGGAGAAGCAUAUCUGGAUUCUCCAUAAUUCUCGGAGGAAUCUCUGAAGAAUUUCUGGAGAAAUUUCUUAACGACUUUCUGGACGAAUUCCUUUAGGAAUUUUUGGAGAAACUCCAAGGAAUUUCUGGAUGAAUUUCAGGAGGAAUAUCAGGACAAAUGCCCGGAAGAAUUUCUGAAAAAAAAUCUGGAACAGUUUCCAGAAGAGUUUUUGGGUGAAUUCUUCUAGGACUUUCUAGAGGAAUGCAUGGCAGAAUUUGUGAAGGAAUUCCCGGAGGAAAUUUGAAGUGAAUUUUAAGAGAAAUUUCUAGAGGAAUUCCCAGAGGAUUUCUGGAGGUAUUAUCGGAGGAAUUUCUGGAUGUAUAUCCAGCGAAAUUUCUUGAGAUAUUUCAUGAAGAAUUUCCGAUCAAAUUUAUGGAAGAACUUCCUGAGGAACACCCGGAAAAAAUAUGGUGGAAUUCCCGAAUAAAUUUCUGAAGGGUUUCUCCUAAGAAUUUUAGAAGAAUUUCUGGAGGAACUUUCACGAGAAUUUCUGGAGGAAUUUCCGAAGGAAUUCCCGAAGAAAUUCUUAAAGGAAUUCCCAAAGGAAUUCUAAAAGGAAUUCCUGGAAUAAACUUCGAAGCAAUUCCUGGAGAAAUGUCCGAAGAUAUUCGUGGAGGAAUUCCCGAAAAAAAUCCUGGAGGAGUUCCCAAAGAAAUUACUGAAGGAAUUUCCGAGGAAAUUCUCGGAGGAAUCCCCGAAAAAAAUCCUGGAGAAACCACCGGAGGAAUUCCCGAAGAAAUUCCUGGAGGAAUCCCCGAACAAAUUCCCGGAAGCAAUCCCGCAGGAAUUCCUGGAGGAAUAUUCCUGAAUAAAAACCUGGAGAAAUCCCCUAAGCAAUUCUUGGAGGGAUUCCCAAAGAAAUUUCUGAAGAAAUCCUCGAAGCAAUUCCUGGAGGAAUUCCCGAAGAAAUUCCUGGAAGAAUUUCUGAAGAAAUUCUUGCAGUGAUCCUUGAAGGAAACCCUGGAGAAAUCACUGGAGUAUUUUCCGAAAAAAAAAAUCCUGGAGAAAUCCCCAAACAAAUUCCUGGAGGAAUCCCCGGAGGAAUUUCCGAAGAAAUUCAUGGAGGAAUUCCUGGAGAAAUCACUGCAAGAAUAUUCCCGAAGAAAUUUCUCGAGAAAAUCCCGAAGGAAUACCUGGAGGAAUUCCAGAAGAAAUUCCUGGAGGAAUUCCCAAAGAAAUUCCUGGAGGAGUUCCCGAAGCAAUUCCUAGAGGGAUUCCCGAAUAAAUUUCUGGGGGAAUCCCCGAAGAAAUUCCAGGAGUAAUUCCCGAAGCAAUUUUUGGAGGAAUUUCCAAGCAAAUUCCUGGAGGAAUUCCCGAAGAAACUCCUGAAAAAAUUUCCAAAGGAUUUGCUGCACGAAUUC